AACAUAGAUUGACUUGUCGGGAUUUUCAAAAGGUUAUUGAUUACUUUUUAUAAUAAAUUGCUCAAACAAAAAUUCUUUACAAAUGAACCACGAACCACGCUGUUGUGAUAAUCGUGAUUAAUUCGCUAUAGUCGUUGGUGUCGAUUACCACUGAAAAUGCUUGUGAGAUUAAUCAUUAUUGUGUUGGCGCUAAUCAAGGGUGGAGACUCUUCUACUUCAGAAGGAAAGGAAGCUUUUAGUGCCAUAUACGCCGACCGUGAUGAACAAGGCAGACCACUUUCGAAACGAAAUUCACUCCAGUUUGGUGCCAUGAUUUGGUGUAAAGUUGGAAGAAACCCGCUAGACUACAAUGGAUACGGCUGCUGGUGUGGAGUAGGAGGAAAAGGAGAGCCUGUGGACGAAAUUGAUCGGUGUUGUCUUAUCCACGACAAGUGUUAUGACGACAUCAUAGCCAAAAACACUUGCAACACAAAAGUAGACGCAGCAUUGCUCAUAAUUACGUACAUAAGAGAUGGCUGUACGGGUUGUGGUAAGUGGUUCACGCUUAUACUUUGCUCAAUGUUUACCAAACCUGAUUUAAAACUUGAAGCACUAUGGUAGAGAAAAUAAUUUUUGAAGGUUGUUACCGCAAACUUCAAAAACGGGGCAGGGGGUGGGGGUAGGUGGUACCGGGGUAGCCUACUUUGGCUUAAAACUACAUAUUUCUAGAAAAUGUCACGACUUUACUCUGAAACUUAUCUAACUUAUAUUUGGUAAUUUGGUAUAACAUGUCAUUGUGCCCGUAACAUGAUAUUCCCAGGGCAUCCUUUUUUUUAACAGGCAUUUCGGUUUUAUUAAUACACUUUAAACGCUCUAAGUUUCAUUAUCAUUGCUUAAAUAUUACAGAGAAGUAGGGUGCGGGGAGGAGUUG